GGCACCGAUACGCGGUAUAUUUGUGUUAGGCUCCAUUGUGUGGCCUCAUCUUACUUGACUUAGGACCGGUGUACUACCCAUCUACCAAGUAUACCAAACUGGGCACCAGCAAAUCCUCAAUAUUAGAUAUGGCGAACAAUCAGAAUUUAUUCUUUUACGCGCCCACGUGGGAUUAUCCACCCAACGGUCCCAUUAAGCUCGGCAAUGUCAUCACCUCCGUGAAGAAACCCGAGCGGCCGCUCCAUUGCGUCCCGCCUUCGGACUCAGACAUCUUUUCGACCAAGAAAAUGAGCUUUGAGCACACCAAGGAUCAAUUACAGAAUCAGAGAUUCUCUAUUCUGGUGAGAUUCUUUAGCAUUUUCGGCCUAAAUGUCCGAGUCAGUACCGGACGAGAGACAAGCAAAGAGAACAAGUUUUCCUUCAAAACCGUCGAAACGACCCAGUUCGUUCCCACGUCCUCUUACAUCCAAAGCUGUGUCGAAAACGAUGAUGUUCGCCGCUAUCUACAAAUAUCCCGCUAUCGUAAACCACUCUAUGUCAUCACCGGCUUAAAAAUAGUUACCGGUGUUGAUGCCAACAUGCACACGUCGCACGCUGUUCAGAGUUCUCCAGCCAUACAAAUCGAUAGCACUAUACCUCAGAUAGGGCCGAUUAGCUUUGUCGGAUCCGGAGCUGAGAACACGGCUUCUACCAAGGCUGUUACAGCGUUUAAGAAUAGCGAUGACUUUGUAUUUGCGUUUCGCGUAAGUAAAGUCCUUGUUAGUAAGGGACCUGAUCAGGUCAUCAGCGAGGAAGAUUAUCGUAGGGGAGCUAUGCUCGGUACUGAAGAAGAGCAGCAACGAAUCAAGAGCCCACCACUUUCCAUUCUAAAGGUUGAAUAUCCAGAUGCGGAAGCCGAAGGGUUUGAUGCAGAGGAGUUGACUGAAGGAGAAGAGGUUGUGGUCUGCGCAGUUCCACGAGAAACUAAUGACGCAUAGUGAUAUUACUUCUAAGACUGACUUCAUAAACCUCAAACAAUGCUUCUAUCUCUUUAGAGUCUCCAAAAUCUCGUCAUUAAUCCUAUCCAACUCCCUUCCAAAUAAAUUAUGCUGAUGUAGACUUAAUUCGACGUAGUAAUAAUUGCCUCUUGGCGCGUAGUUAGGCCCUCGCUUGGCGCAUCUUUUCAGUAAAGCCUCCAUUUUUUCCUUUCUUUUGAGAGCGAAUGCAGCUUUCUCUGGUAAGUGAAGCCUUGCAUACUGUAACAAGAAAGCCGCGAUUCCUGCCAUGAUCGGCGUUGCAUAUGAUGUCCCCGAACGUGAUUUGACAUACCUUUGUGGAGUUGCUGUGUCGUUGCAAAGCAGCAUUGGCCAUGCCGACUCGAUCGACUCGCCAACUGUUGCAAAAUUGAGAUUGUCGGGCU